CUGUCACUGUCUGUUCCCCUUUGCAGUCACACAGCUCUGAUCCUCUUUGCAGAUUGAGUAACGGAACGUGGUCCAGGCGCCAUGGGGGUAGAAGGAUGCACCAAAUGCAUUAAAUACAUGCUGUUUGUCUUCAAUUUCAUAUUCUGGCUGGCUGGAGGAGUCAUACUUGGAGUUGCCUUAUGGCUUCGACAUGAGCCCAAAACGUCCAACCUUUUGAUUCAGCAGAUCGGAGACAAACCAGCUCCUGGGACAUUUUACAUUGGUAUCUACAUUGUGAUUGCCGUAGGAGCCGUAAUGAUGUUUGUCGGCUUCCUUGGAUGUUACGGGGCCAUUCAAGAAUCACAGUGUCUCCUUGGAACGUUCUUUGCCUGCCUGGUAAUCCUGUUUGCCUGUGAGGUGGCCGCUGGAAUCUGGGGCUUUGUGAACAGGGAACAGGUGUCUAAAGAGAUAAAGCAGUUUUACGACGAGGCCUAUUCUCUGACACAGACUGGGUCCAAGGAAAAUAGGGAUAAAGCCCUUCCAGUACUGAAGGUUUUCCACGAGACGCUCCAGUGUUGUGCAGACAGAUCAAUCCAGGUGUACAUGCAGAAUACACCACUGUGCAAAGAUCCCAUCGAGCCGUUCUCGAAGGAUUGUCACCAAAAGAUCGAUGAACUCUUCUCUACAAAGCUUUACCUGAUUGGCAUUGCGGCCGUCAUCGUAGCCGUAAUCAUGAUUGUUGAGAUGAUAUUCAGCAUGGUUCUGUGCUGUGGAAUCCGUAUCUACUCCGUGUACUGAAGACCCAAGCUGUCUUUCCUGUGUAAAUAACCCGACAUUGUUUCUCUCACUCCCACCCCAUUUAUCUCUUUUAUUAACACUGUCCGAGGCGAUCCCCCACAAAGUUCCUGUUCUCUACUGACCCAAGAGGAUAUAUUUUUCCCACUUACAAGGUCGCCAUAAUACAGCAAGGCACUCAGGAGUUUGAGUACUGCGAAUGUAACUCCACUUCAUGUGUAUAGACAACUGACAGCUCUUUGCAAAGGACAUUAUGCCACCAUGACGCUGUUCUGCAAUGGGGCAGGUAUCCAACUCUCACAAGUCACUGCCAGUCUCUGAUGGACUCCAACUAUUCCACUGUGUAGCUCAUCAACAGCUAGAGGCCCAGGGUUGGACACCCAGGCAGUAGUUUAGAUGUUUAACUAGAUGUCGACUUAUCUUCUGGGUUGAAAUUUUUGACUAAUUUGUGAAAUGCUUAAAAUUGUUGCUUGUUCGCAUGUGACAUCAAUAGCACCUAAUGCGAAUUUCACUACUUUUUAAUGUCUGCCUGAGUUGUACGGGUAACACCUCCUCCUGUUUACUAAUGUUAUCCCUUGAUUGGUGAAAUAUGUGGUAUCAUUUCUUUCCUGACCAACUGGAUGUGUCCUGUAUGGACCAUUCACAUAUAUAGUGCAAUGGGCUACUCUGAAGUGCCUUUUAGCAGUUUGAUCCAAUCUACCCCGUUGUAAAUGAUGUUGUUUUCAUAAUGAUAAGAGGGGGUAAAUAUCUCUUUAAUUAUUUGUCCCCUUCCCUGCACGAUCAGCCCCUUCCCACACCACAUACUUCAUCAUCACAUAGAACAACUACAAAUAUAUAUAUAUGUAUAAAUAUAAACAGAUAUAAAGAUUCUCAAUAAAAUCCUUGGUUGGGACCUUUUUUUUC